CAUUAGCUACAGUGUCACCAAGCUCUGACCUUGCGUUGGCUUGCUGCCCAGCUUUUUCCUAAGGUUGCGUGUGUUAAAUUUCACGGCACACGGCUGCCAUGCAAGCGCACUUAAUGAACGCUCAUUGCACAGAUUUUUACCUGAUUUGAUUGGACAAUACAGCUUUAAACCAUGGGAACAAUAGAAGAAAUGCUGUCUCGUCUUCACAUGUCAAAUCGUUCAGCCAUGGUGGAUGAUAUGACUUAUGUACUCGGCAUCGAAGUGUCUAAAUCCACGGCAGGACAGAGCAGUCAGGUAGUUGCUGCUUUGUGUUCUAAUAAAUCAAUUAGACUUUACAAUAGAGAAACCAUGAACUUUCUUCAGGAAUACAAGGAGGGCACUGGGGUAAUCUGUGGCGCUCGAUUCGCACAUAAAAACCACAACCUGCUGUAUUCAGCUUCGAGUGACGGUACUGUCAAAAGCUGGGACAUUCGUGCACCUGGAGCAAGUGCUGUGCAAAUAUUUAAAGGUUACCCAUCGAAUGCUUUCAUUAGCUUUGAUAUUAGCUGCAGUGACCUUGUGGUGUGUGCAGGCACAGAGAAGAUAGAAGAAGAGGAUGCUUUCCUUGUUUUCUGGGACACACGGUCUCCUGAAGGCAUGCCCGCCAAUAAAGAUCCACUUGGAGUUUAUUCAGAGUCCCAUAAUGAUGAUGUCACUCAGAUUCGCUUCCAUCCAACAAAUCCAAGCAAGGUGGCAUCUGGGUCCACAGAUGGACUCGUUAAUAUAUUCGAUAUAAAAAAAGACACUGAAGAUGAUGCCUUGAUUGCCACCUGUAAUUCGGAUUCCUCUGUAAGCUUUCUUGGCUGGGCGGGUGAAGAUCAUAACCAGAUAUAUUGUUUGACUCAUGAUGAAGGAUUUUGCUGGUGGGACCUUGCUCAGAUAGAUACUGAAGAUGCCAUCACAUUGUCCAAGAUAACAGAUAUGAGACCACAAGUCCAAGGCUGUGCUAUUGACUAUUUGAUUGGAGGCAUGUAUCAUGAAAAAGAGAAUUCCCUCUUUCUUGCAGGGGGGUCUCAUGCUGGCGAUAUCCACAUUCUGAGCUGUAAAUCUGAUAAAGUGAGACAUUUAAAAACUCUUUCUUGCGGUCAUUCUUCAACUGUCCGUUCCUUUCACUGGAAUCUGGAGGACGGCUCUUUACUGACUGGUGGGGAAGAUGCUCAGCUUUUACUAUGGAGUCCAGAUACUAAAGAGAUUCAAACCAAGAACAAAACACUGAAAAUGGCAUCGACCGUGCAGCAGAGAGUUCGUGUUCACAAUACCAAAUCCUAUAGUCCUAAGCAAAAAUGACCAUCUCCUUUCGUAUAACUUACUUUACUUACAUUUUUUUUAUUUUUUUUUGUAUGCAUUCUUCUACUCUAGGCCUUCAUAUAGUUUGGAUUUGAAGCCUCUCUUGUUAUAUUUUCUCGGACAGAAACCGUUUUAACCAUAUAUCUAUUUAUAUACCCUUGUCUCUUCUGUACCCCUUGUUUUGAUGACUUUUAUUGAAAACGCAAUAAAAA